AAUACUAAAUAUCACAUUAAAAUUAGUACUUCGGGAAACACUUGAAUCUUAAGUAACACAUCAUAGAACAUGUUGCACCCUAAAGCUAUUUAUAACUCUGCCCCAAAUUACAUCACCAAUCCUGUCUCCAAAUAUUACCCAAACCAGGGGCGGACUGACCAUUUGGAAACUCGGGCACUGCCCGAGGGCCCGGGGUCAGUAGGGGGCCCCAUGAGAUGCCCCUGGUAUCUUUUUAUAGGCUUUUUUGAGUUUGGGCAACGACACAGGGGCCCCAUGAUCCCCUAUUGCCCGGGGCCCCAU